GGGAGCCGGAGCUGUCACAGGCCCCGGGUACGCCUGACCGAGCCAAGUGGGGUGUCAUGGCCGCGGGGGGCAGCGGCUGCACUUCCUCUGCGGGCGGCGGCGGCCGGGGAGUUAAUCCUCGACGCACGGGUCAGUGUGUCCCGUUUCCCUCUGUGCGGCGGCCGGCGGGACCAUAAGGGCUUAACUCAUAUAUUUAACCCCCCUCCAAAAAGGUUUGAAAGUAUUCUUGAAGGGCUGUUUGGACCUGCAUUAUUAAAAGAUCUCAGUUUAUUUAAAGCCCAUGAACCUGAAAGCAUUUCCGAUUGGACUUUUGAUGAAAAUUGUCUGUUCUGUUGCUUGAGAAGAGAUAAAGUAAAGGGACACUUAGUCGGUCUGGAUGAACCAGCUUCGGGAGCUGGGCAAGAAGCUCUGCUUAAACAAGAGCAAGCAAAAAUCAUUCGAUUCGAGAGACAAGCAGAAGAAUUCCUCAAUGCAGUCUUUUAUAGAAAAGACAGUCCCUGGGUCUCCGACCCCAAUAUUCCCCUAGUGGCCCGUGAGAUCAUGCAGCGAAUGAUCCAACAAUUUGCUGCUGAAUAUACCUCAAAAAAUAGCUCUACUCAGGACCCCAGCCAGCCCAAUAGCACAAAGAACCAAAGCCUGCCGAAAGCAUCUCCAGUCACCACCUCUCCCACGGCUGCAACUACUCAGAACCCUGUGCUCAGCAAACUUCUCAUGGCUGACCAAGACUCACCUCUGGACCUUACUGUCAGAAAGUCUCAGUCAGAACCUAGCGAACAAGACGGUGUACUUGAUCUGUCCACUAAGAAAAGUCCAUGUGCUGGCGGCACUUCCGUGAGCCAUUCUCCAGGCUGCUCCAGUACUCAAGGGAACGGGCGACCUGGGAGACCCAGCCAGUACCGCCCAGACGGACUUCGGAGUGGUGAUGGGGUACCUCCAAGAAGCUUACAGGAUGGAACCAGGGAAGGUUUUGGACACUCCACAUCACUCAAAGUUCCACUGGCUCGAUCCUUGCAGAUUAGUGAAGAACUACUGAGCAGAAACCAAUUGUCUACAGCUGCCAGCCUUGGGCCAUCUGGAUUACAGAAUCAUGGACAACAUUUAAUAUUAUCCAGGGAAGCCUCUUGGGCAAAACCACAUUACGAGUUCAACCUCAGCCGUAUGAAGUUCAGGGGAAAUGGUGCACUCAGCAACAUCAGUGACCUUCCUUUUCUUGCAGAAAAUUCUGCCUUUCCAAAAAUGGCACUUCAAGCAAAACAAGAUGGAAAAAAGGAUGUGAGCCAUUCAUCUCCUGUAGAUUUAAAGAUACCACAAGUUAGAGGAAUGGAUCUUUCUUGGGAGUCUCGCACUGGUGAUCAAUACAGCUAUAGCUCUUUGGUAAUGGGUUCACAAACGGAGAGCGCGCUUAGUAAAAAAUUAAGGGCUAUUCUUCCAAAACAAAAUAGAAAAAGCAUGUUAGAUGCUGGACCCGAUUCUUGGGGCUCAGAUGCUGAGCAGUCUACCUCUGGACAGCCAUAUCCCACAUCGGAUCAAGAAGGAGACCCUGGCUCCAAGCAGCCUCGAAAGAAAAGAGGGCGUUACAGACAGUACAACAGUGAGAUACUGGAGGAAGCAAUCUCAGUGGUUAUGAGUGGAAAAAUGAGUGUUUCCAAAGCUCAGAGUAUUUAUGGGAUUCCCCACAGUACACUGGAGUACAAAGUAAAGGAGAGGCUGGGCACUUUGAAAAACCCUCCAAAGAAAAAGAUGAAAUUAAUGAGGUCGGAGGGGCCAGAUGUUUCUGUAAAGAUUGAAUUAGAUCCCCAGGGAGAGGCAGCACAAAGUGCAAAUGAAUCAAAAAACGAGUAGGAAUACUGUAGAGUGCCAAUUACUGUACAAACUGGGUGAGCACUACUGCAUCAUUGUUCAGCUGUCAUUGCUUGCACCUAACUUCAUUUACUGCGACACUUGUUUCUUUGCAGAUUUUGCAUUGACUUGUGUGUACAGAGGUGAAAGGUGCAUUCUGAAUGUUGCAUAUUUUAAAUUUUUCAUGUGCAGUAUGGCUCGGAAUAUUGUUUGGCCUUUUGCAUGUUUCUCUACAAAAGAGAAUUGAGUUACCUCACAGAGAACAGAUACAUGGAAGUGGACUCCUUGCCUGUAGAGCCUGCAUGCUUUUCUUUCCUUCUGUUUUUUCUUAAGUUAUAUUUCUUUUUACUUUUAAAAAAAGAAGAGGAAAAAAGCCCCCUUUUAGAAACCACGUCUGUCAUACUGGGAGCUUUAUCAUUGCAAAUUGAAAAGCCAUCUUGUAAAAUUAUUCAUUUUUCUUCUACAAUUCAACUAAUUGAAGGAUUAAACUAAAGAAAAAACUAAGAACAACAAUGAACCUUUGAAUUUGAGAUAUUUGGUUAUUCAGUGAUAAUUAUUUGGGUCAUUUAUAGUUAUAUUUUAUAAUUUUCUUCUCACUCUUAAAUUUACUUAACAAAUUAGCAAGCUAGUCAGUGCUCACCCAGAGGGGAAGGAGGUGGAAAAUGUGCACGCACUACCUUCAGAAAUGCUUCAGUUAAUUACUUUAAACACUACCUUUGCUGUAAUUUCAUUUGAGAUUUUCUAAGGGUACAAUUUGGUCUCACCAACAAGUGAGGAUAUAGCCUUAUCUCAAGGAGGACGAGCUCCUUUCUUACUCAGGAGCAGUCAGGGUACAUUACAUAAAACAAUGGAGGAUGCUUCAUUUUAGCAAACCAAUUUUUUUGUAUUCUUCAAUCCUUUUACAGAAUUGAUGGUGUGCUAACGACUUAGUAUCAUUGCAGCAACUAGUUUAAGAUACUCGAGAUCUGUUUAUUGGGGAUGGGAGAAAUAGGGAAAGAAAUGUGUAAUAAGUAAUUAUGAUAUUGCGAAAAUGAUACUUAGAUUUUACAGCCUCAGUAGUCUGCCCAAUAUCCACGUUAAUAAAGGAUCCAUGUAUGUGGUGAGAGAAAAAAAAACACAACACCAGGGUAACCUGAUAUGAUUUAGGUGGAAUAUCAGUUCUAACAAUAAUUCAAUCAGGAAUCAAGCUCAUGGGAAUUUCUUUUUCUUUUAAACUAAUCCAAAUACUAGUACAAGGGUGGGAAAGGUGGUUUUUUUAGUGUUUAUUUAAUUUUGUUGAUUUGGUUUUUUUUUUCCUUUUUUUGGCAUCCUAUAUAAUAUCCCCUUCUUUUUCUGAUAAUUAACUGAUGUUCAUGGUUGUUGAGCACACAAUUCAGGAUCAUGUUUGUAUAAGCACUCCUUGAAGAACAUCUAAGCUUUUUUUUGAGAUGGGCUUUUAAAAUUGCAGUUAUUAAAUUCGGAAAGUUUAUUUUCUACAGUUUUUGCAAAAAUAACAGAUAAGUAAAGCCCAUGGAAUUUAAUUCUGCAUUGUGACCAAAUUAAAAUUACUAUUUGUGCAAAACAAAAUCCACACCACAUAUACCCUACAUACUGAUCUGCUGAGAAAGGUGGUCACAGCCUUCUAAAUGCUUAACCAAAAACAAACAAACAAAAAUCAUUGGAAUUUUAAUGUAAAAUAAAGUCAAACUUGGAGUGUUCGUUAGAUUGACAUUGAUAAUUUCAGAUGGAUACUAACAAUUUGAAGAGAAGGAGGUCCAGAUAUUCCCAAGGCAUAAGUUCUUGCCUGGAAACUUUGGAGCAAUUAAUUAAAUUAGGAUAAGGAUAGUUUUCCCUCAGCAACCUGUGUGUUCAAAGGUUAGGCACACCAUUGCUGUUAGUAAACGUGAACUGCUCAUUCUUGACAUGGCCUGGGUGUGGUGGGUUCCUCUUUUGAUUUGGUGGUUUUGUGCAGUUUAAUCAGUGGAUGACUGAGCCUGUUUCCUCUUAGCUUUCUAGUCUUCUCAACAUAAAAAGCAGUUUGGGUUUGGUAGCAGUGUAUGACUGCGAUAUUUUCUCGGCUAGCUGGAAGUUGCAAUAAAAAAUACAUUAUGAAAUGUGUGGUUUUCAUCUGCAGUUGAAGGAAGUUGUAGAAAGUUUGCUGAAAGCAAAGGCCUAAGCUUAUGAAGGAACACCUCCUUUGUUCCACACUCAAGGAUUUGUUAGCACACAAUUAAUUGCAGCUCCAGUGCCUUUUUGCAUAAUGUUGGGGUAUUCGGUAGCCCAAGAUUGCUGCAAAAAGGUCCUUUGAGAAAUUAAUUUGUGCUUGCUUUUAUCUCCUCUCAGAAAGAUAUCGCUUAAAGGCCCAUUUAAAAAUCUGGCCCUAAAAGUUCAACUUUUGUAGAGUUUUACUGUUCAGAGAGGUUUAAUCCUAUGUGGUAGUCUAUAUAAGUGAUGUAUGAGUUGAGUUAUGUAAAUUUUGUCAUUGUAGUGUACAUGGAGUGAUCAUUCUACUAACAUAAAUAUUUUCUAUGUGUGUUUCAGUGGAUGACAAUCGAGCAGCAGAAGAAUGGUGUGCCUACCCUUUAAUGCUGCAGUUUAAAUAAGAGAACUUGUAUUGUGUCAUUUCAGAUUGUAGGCUGAGAGUUGUAAAUAGUGAAAAUUUGAGUACUUCUAUUAUUUGUUUUGGUUAGAAAGUGAAUUUUAAAAACAAACCAAACUCUAAACUUUCUCAGAUUAAAAGUCCUGAGACCUGAAGAUUGUAAUAUUCAUGUCUGUGAAGCUUUUAAACAUUACACUUGAGAUCAGUCAUGACUUGAUAUUCAGGUAAAUUUUCUUUUCCAAGAAGCUUUUGAAUAAGCAUAUUUCCUCCAAAGGUCUCUCUCUCUCUCUCUUUUUUUUUUUUGAGUGUAGAUUAUUUUAAAGCACUAAUUGCAUUACAUUGGUAACUGCAAUAUAAAAUAGCCAUUAUUGUUUUGUGAAGCAUGGUUGAAAUUAGAUAGUGGUCCCUUUUAAAUUUCAUGAGCCUCUCAAAAAAAAAAAAAAACUUAA